CAUCCUAGCCUUCAAAGCCUAAAAUAUUUCCUCCAGUUAGCUCUCCAAUUUCUAUAUCCAAUCUCUAAGUUUCUCAAGCUUCUUUUCUGCAACCAUGCGUCGUUCCGGAGGAGUAAGGGCACCUCCACCUCGCCCUGUACCUCCACCUCCACCUCCCCCAGGUAUUUCUUCUUCUAGUUGCUUGCUGAUUCUGAAAGCUUACAAGUGUCACGGGCUACACAAUAGAUCCAUCUUUUUUAACUGUCUUUCUUCCUUCUUGGAUGACUGUGCGUGCUAUGUGGUUACUGCAGCUCCUCAACCGCCCAAACAAUUACUUAAAGAAACCGGUAACUCUUUCUUGAAGGGCGCGGCUUACGGUGCUGGAUAUGCUAUUGGAAGUCGUCUGACAGAAAGAGGUGUUGAUGCUGUGUUGGAUCCUCCUUCUUCUAAAUUUAAUAUGGAACUGAUAUAUGAAUUUGAUACAGAAGGAGGUUGUCGUGCUGUUUUGGUUCCUAAAGCAUGGCCAGACCAACAAGGGACUUAACCUUGUUAUAUUGAAUGAAUGCACAAGGAACACUGGACCAACUAGGCACUGAACCUUGUUAUGUUAUAAAAUUUAGGACUGGGAAAUGGAUAUUAAUAACGUACUCUUCAACGUACGGUGAAUGAUGUAUUAAAAUAAUGGCUAUAAUGCCCUUCUUUAAUAAUGGUGCUUUGUUAUGGUUUCAUCAAAUACUGUGUGUUAGUCUAGUAUGUAGAUGGGCCAAUAUAAAGAAUACGCAAUCACAAUGUUACUCACUCAUGCCAAUUGUUGUCAUCAUAUCAACACAAUGGUAAAAGGUCAAUUUGGAGGCCGUUGGUGGUCUAUAUUCAUGUAUAAAUUUAUCUUGUUUGAGUUUA